AUGGCAGUUUGCGCUGCUUUUCGCCGUUUCCGCCUAGAUGGCCCCCUCUGCUCUAGUGCCUUUCCUGGAAGGUCGCGAGGAGCGACGUGGAUGCUUUCAUCCGCGUGCUGUUCAAAACGAAAUUACUCAGCUUCCCCGCAGACUCCUUUCAGCUUUCAGAACGGCCGAGCCGUGUGCAACCGGGCAGUUGUUGGCGACUCUUCCUCAUCUUCGUCUGCCAGGCGUUUUUUCUCCGCUUCCUCAAAGUUUCCGUUUGCUGCACCGUCUUUGUCUCAGAGUCCUUCUCGUUUCUCCGGCACCAGGCGCCUCUACACCUACGGGGCGCCUGCAGCGGGAGGUGUCGAGCACUGCGCUGGUUUCGACAGAUCGAGGUUCACCGCUUCCCCUUUCGUUCCGCCUCGUCACGCGACAACGAUUCUCUGCGUUCGAAAGGGAGACCAAGUGUGCGUUGCCGGCGACGGAAUGGUUUCUCAGGGACAGAUGAUCGUCAAGCCAAACGCCAGGAAGGUCCGGCGUCUGCAAGAUGGCGUCGUUUGCGGCUUCGCUGGAGCAACGGCGGAUUGUUUCACCCUUUUAGAAAAAUUGGAAGCAAAACUCGAAGAGUAUCCGGGCCAGCUGCUGCGGUCGUGUGUGGAGCUUGCGAAGCAGUGGCGAACUGAUCGCUACUUGCGCCAUCUGGAGGCGGUGCUCAUCGUGGCGGAUAAAAAAAUGUCUUUGGAAGUUAGUGGAGUCGGAGAUGUUCUGGAAUCUCACGAUGGAAUUCUUGGUGUGGGCUCCGGAGGACCUUACGCAGUUGCGGCCGCAAGAGCUCUGUAUGAUAUCGAUGGUCUCAGCGCCCAUGAGAUCUGCAAACGAUCGAUGGCAAUUGCUGCAAGUAUGUGUUGCCACACGAACGACCGAGUGAUUUUCGAGGUUUUGGAAAACGAAGCGAAACCCAUGGAGACACCUCAGUCCAGUCCAGUCUCGACGGACGUCCGGCAGAUUUCAGAUUCAAGCAGCGCGCAAACGUCGCCGUAA